AUCAUUAUAUUAAUACCCUGCAACUCCCAACAUCACAAAACUCUUCCUUCCUUGUUUCUGUAUAUUAUUUUUGUUAUUGUUACCAUUUCUCACAAAACAUUACAUAAUUACAGAGAAAUUCUGUAACCAUCCAUAGCCCAAAUAAGGUUUAGAGAGAAUAUAUUGAGAGAGGUGUUUAGCUGUUUUUUUCUUUGAGCGGGAAAGAGGCUGUGAACUGAGAAUCAAUGGAAGUAGAGAAGGCAAACAUGGGAUUUGAGGAGCCUGAGCUGAGGCUAGGGUUAGGGUUACCGGGAAAUAAUAGUGGAGGUGGUGGAAAUGAAGGAGAAAUGACAAUAAGGAAGAGAGGAUUCUCUCAGACUGUUGAUUUGGAGCUUAAUAUUUCUUCCAAGGAAGAAUCUGCAGCGUUUGAUCCAAAUCAGAAAACUAAGAAUUUGCCGAGGGAGAAGAAUCUUCUCGCCGCUGAUCCAGCAAAGCCACCAGCUAAGGCACAAGUGGUGGGAUGGCCUCCGGUGAGAUCAUACAGAAAGAAUAUGUUAGCAGUGCCAAAAAGCAGCAAUAUUAAGAAUAACAGUAGCGAGGAGAGCAGUGAAAAUAACUCAAAGCUGAGCAAUAGCAAUGGAAGCUUUGUGAAGGUGAGCAUGGAUGGAGCUCCUUAUCUUCGUAAAGUUGACUUAAACAUGUACAAUGGUUAUUACCAACUUUCUCAUGCCCUAGCUCAGAUGUUCAGUACCAUAGGAAAUUGUGGAUCCCAAGGAAUGAAAGAUUUCUUUCUGAAUGAAAGCAAACUCAUAGACCUUCUGAAUGGUACUGACUAUGUCCCAACUUAUGAAGAUAAAGAUGGUGACUGGAUGCUUGUUGGUGAUGUUCCAUGGGAAAUGUUUGUCGAAUCAUGCAAACGACUACGUCUAAUGAAAGGAACUGAGGCAACUGGAAUUGCACCAAGAGCCAUGGAGAAACGCAAGAACACAGCUAAAGUAUAGCCAGCAACUAUAAGCUGCUCCUUCGAUCAAGCAUAAAGCAGGAAGCAAAAAAAAUAUAAACAUUUUUUUUUUAAAAAGCAUGCAGAUGGAUUGAGCAGGAUGUUAGGUUUGUUUUCUGUAUUAUUAUAUUAUUAAUAUGUAUGGGUUUGUUUAUAUAUUUGAGAGACAUAUGCAUUAUUUGAGUUUUGAUUGUUGUGGACAAGAACUCUCUUUAAGUUCUAAGACUUGGUUACAUAUGUCCGGCUUGUUUAAUUACUGUCAUAAUUAAUAUGGUUUGCCUAUUAA